AUGCAGGCACUUUGGUCCAGAGCGGGCCAGGCGCACCAUUGCGGCUGCAAAGCCUGUUUCAAUGCUGCCGGAGGCAUGAUGCGACAGUCGGCGACGCGAGCGACACGGCGGAAGCCGACCUUUAGCGAGAUGUUCACGGCAUGCUACACAUCCAUUAUGGGAACAGCGGCCGUGCUGGAUGCGAAGAGAAAAGACGAACGACGGAAGGACCUGGACCGGCAACUCGAGGAGGCCAAGGCAGAAUUCGCAAAGAUCAUGGAAAACGCACCGGCCGACACCCGCGAGUCGGCACCAGCUGGAAGCAUUGCCAACCGAUACAAGGGCGCAUUGAGGGAUCACAAGAAGCAGCAAAGCGAGAUCUCCGAAUUCUUCGAUUCCCUCGGCCGUACACAAUCGUGGUCCAAGGCCCCAUCAAGGUCUCCUGAGUUGGAAACGAUAUGGACGGAGUAUGGACUCGAGCCAACAAGGAAAUCGAUGAGGGCGCUUCUGAGUACCGACUAUGCUUUACUGGAUCAUUUACUUGCCGAGGAUGAGGCCAUGCCGAAGCUUCAGCACCGAGCUCCGAAAACGUUGAGGCAAAUGAAGGCAGCGGAGAAUAACGUGCAGCAAUUGGUUUCCAGCUUGCUGCUCGGGAAGGCAGUUAUCGGAAGUGGUGACACGAAGAAGGUUAGGAGAGAGCUCGAAAAGGCAAAGAAUGGUGACUUCGACACGCAAAACUUGCAGCAAGAGCUCGUCGAGCUGAGGCAGAGUAACUACCCUCACUACGAGCGGGAAGUGGACUCUGGGGCUCUCAGGAAGUGUAGCACGGACUUGAACAAGUCACUGAGGAGCAUCUUUGAAGUGGCACAGCCUUCAAAUCUCCGGGCAACAAUUAUGAAGGUGUGCCAUAACCUUCUCGUCUCGUCGCAACCUCCUACUAUUCACACAUACAACACUUUGAUCAAAGGGUUCGACGCGGCCGGACUUCAUCCCUUGGCAUCUGACGUUGUCAAGUCUUUAUUCCAAUCCAAGCUUGAGCCAACGCAAGGGACAAUUGUUUGUCUCUUGAAUCACUUCAAAGAGACAAACGACAGCGGUAACUUCAACAAUGUCAUCGAGCGCAUGACUGGCAAAGACUGCCGGGGUAUCAAGAUUCGAAGAAAGUUGAUUGACGAAGUGCUCGAAGAUCCCCAGCUCCAGAGAUGGGCACUACUGAAAGAUGUCGUUGUCACCAAAAAAUACGUCAUCGAGAGGGCUUGGUUCGAUACUCAGGUUUUCGCUGCCAUCAUUGAAGGCAUGUUGAGCUUCCGCUACCUGAGGAAUGCUGUGGCUACGGUGGCAUUUGGCCUCAAACUUGGAUUCACGUUUAGUCUACGGACGAUGUCACAACUCCUCGACCACUGCGUUCGCGCGCUGGACCCCAAGGCUGCAUUGGGCAUCUUGGGAGCGUUGGCCAGCAAGCCCAAGCUAGUCAAGGCAGUCUUCUGGCGAGAAUGCGAUCAGGCGUAUCUUGCGCAACGCAUUCAGAACCUGUUGGAUAUUUGUGGCAUCAAAGGAUCAUCGCCGGCUACUGUGGUUCCGUUCCUCCAAGAUGUUCCUUCAUCGAGUAUGCCAUCCGGAAAACAAAGACGAGGCAUGGAUAUUGCCCGUAUAGUCAGACUGGUUGAGCAGUCAAGGAUCAAAUUGGAGCAUUUUGAGACGAAACUAUGCACCAUACGAGGCUAUUUGGUCGAACCCAGGCCAGGCCCCGAAGCAUGGGGGACAUCUAUUGCGCAUACACGACAUCGGAAACGUAUGCCCAAGACCAAGAAUGAGACGGCGGCCGAUGCUGGCGACAGCAACGAAGCUAAGGAACCAGAGGCAAGUGAAGGGGUGCAAACAAUGGUCCUGAGAGCGGUCAGUCCCAGCAAGCCGAAUCCCUUGCACACUGGGGGCAAUGCCGACUCCUGGGCUCGCCUCGAGGUGGCGAGAAGGAUUUCGACUCACAGAGCUGUAGACGUAGCGGCGAGUGCGAUUUUCUGA